AUGAAUGGUAUCCACUAUUUUAAAUUAUGGACGUAUAGAAAAACAUUUAAUAUAUAGGUAUAGAUAAAUUUACCUGUCUGUAACUAUGUAUAUAGAUCGUGACUACGUAGAUUUUAAAUUAUUCCAUUGAAUCAAUUGUGUCCCCGUUGAGUGUGAUGGAGGGUCGCUCAGUGUAGAUAACGUUGUUGUAGUGAAAUGUUAUAUUUCUGUAACUCAUUCACGAAAAUUAUAUGAGUGUAUUAAAUAUAAAAGUUAACUUUAACACUCGUUUUAAAAUUUUUAAAAUUAAAGUUGAGUGAGUAAAAUAUAAUAAUAAAAAUAAGUGGUAAUGGCAUCGAAGUUAGCUAACUGGUGGCGCCAGUCGCUGAAGAAGAGACCCGUGAUCACCAACACGGCGGUCUACGCCACCUUCUACACUGCGGCAGAGAUUUCGCAGCAAACCUUCAAUAAGAUAUACUCGCCGGAAAAGCCAAAACUAGACUUCGCUUCUGCCGGCCGCAUAGUGGCAGUUGGAAGUUGCUUGUACGCUCCUACCCUGUAUUAUUGGUACAAGUUUUUGGAUAAGAAGUUCGUCGGAACAGCCGUCAAAGCAGUCGCAGUUAAGGUCGCUUCGGACCAGUUUAUCAUGACUCCCAUUUUAUUAGCAUCGUUCUAUACACUACUUGGAGUAUUGGAGCGUAAAGAAGACGUGUUCGAGGAACUAAGGAGCAAAUACUGGAAAACGUUCCUUGCGAACCAAGCCUUCUGGAUUCCAGGACAGACUAUUAACUUCUUCUUUGUACCCAGUAACUUGCGUGUGGUUUAUGUCGCCUUGGCGUCUUUUAUAUGGAUCAAUGUUCUCUGCUUCAUAAAAAGACAGAAAGUUGAUAAUCAACAAGAAAAAGUUACAAGUAAAUAAGCCAAUUAGGUUAUAGCAUUGAAUUUAAAUAAAACAUGGGGUUAUUUUGUUUUAUGGAUGACACAAAAAGUGCGCAAAUUUAUCAAAUUUUCACUGAAAUUGCCAAAAUGUUUUAAUUAUUAGAUUGGUGCGUACUCGUACUUUGCAGUAUCAGGAUAAAAAUUAAAAAUGGAUGUCUACUGUAAUGUAUCACAGUUUUUAGGUUUACAGUUAAUUACAAGGUCCCUUAAUUACGUACCGAAUAAAGCAACCGACUUAGUAUUACAUGGAUCUCACAACUUUUUAGUUGCGAGAAUUGGUAUAUUUUACAAGCGUUGUUUUUAAUGGCAACUUAUUAUCAAUAAACAUCAUGCAAUUUUGUAUCAAGUAUUGAAACAUUUUCAUAGUGACAUAGGCACAGAAAACAUAUGUAUAAGUGCUAAAAUACAUUACCUACACCAGUUGCAAAGGCUAAGGCAUUUACAAGGCUUUAGAUGCUCAAGGUUAAAUGCCAUCCACCUUUUAUAUGUUAAGUCUUAUGAAUAUUUUAAGCCCUAAAUGUAAUCUGAUUAUUUGGUUAAGUACAUCCAUAACAUUCCAAAGUUAGCAGUUUGUUGUACCUCUUAGAUUAUAAUUAUAAUUAAGUAAUAUUUAAUCACAUUAUUGUGAUGUUAUAAAUAUUUUAAUGAAAAGUGUAUCUAGUUGUGUCGUGUUGUCUAUAUUUUUAUUAUUUGAUAAAAUUUUAUUCUUGUCUUUAAAUUUUGUUUAUAGGUACAUGUGUUUAAUUUACCUUGACCCUAGCCCUUAGGUACAAA